GAGUCACUACAGGUGAAAUUCAAGUUGCCCUCAAUGGAGAAUAGUACAGAAGCCACAGAGUUCAUCCUCUUGGGAUUAACUGAUGACCCCAAUCUCCAGGUUCCCCUCCUCCUGAUAUUUUUGUGCAUCUACCUCAUCACUCUAGUUGGGAAUGGAGGGAUGAUGGUGAUUAUCCGCUCUGACUCUCGCCUCCACACUCCAAUGUACUUCUUCCUCAGUAACCUUUCCUUUGUAGACCUGGGCUAUUCAUCAGCUGUCGCUCCAAAGAUGGUGGCUGCACUGCAGUCAGGAAACAAAGUAAUCUCUUACAAUGGAUGCGCCGCUCAAUUUUUCUUCUUUGUGGGUUUUGCUACUGUCGAAUGCUACCUGCUGGCGUCUAUGGCCUAUGACCGCCACGCAGCAGUGUGUCGGCCUCUUCAUUACACAACCACCAUGACAGCAGGUGUGUGUGCCCUCCUGGCCAUCACCUCCUAUGUCUGUGGCUUCCUGAAUGCCUCCAUCCAUGCAGCAGAUACCUUCCGGCUCUCCUUCUGUGGGUCGAACGAGAUUCAUCAUUUCUUCUGCGACAUCCCCCCACUCCUGGCCAUUUCUUGCUCCAGCACACGCAUCAGCAAGUUGGUGGUCUUCUUCGUUGUGGGCUUCAAUGUCUUUUCCACCCUCCUGGUCAUCCUUAUCUCUUAUUUCUUCAUAUGCAUUGCCAUUCAAAGGAUGCGGUCGGCUGAAGGACGCAAGAAAGCUUUCUCUACCUGUGCCUCCCACCUCACCGCAGUCUCUAUCUUCUACGGCACAAUCAUCUUCAUGUACCUCCAGCCCGGCUCUGGUCAGUCCAUGGACACAGACAAAAUUGUGUCUGUGUUUUACACCGUGGUGAUUCCCAUGUUGAACCCACUGAUCUACAGCCUUAGGAACAAAGAAGUAAAAAGCGCUCUCUGGAAAGUACUCGCCAAAUUUUACCCCCAGUCUCUCCAGGUGAGUAGCAGGUAG